GGUCCCAUCAUGCCUGAAAAACCCGCCCCUUUGCGGCCGAGUCUCAGAGAAAACGAAACUUAAGAGCCUCUACCGCUUCUAUUGUUUGCACGUGCGAAAUUGAUCCAAAAUGGCAGAGACGCAGCAGGAGGACGGCGUGGGCCUGGACCAGGGUCAGUUCAGUUGUUCGGUGUGUCUGGACCUGCUGAAAGAGCCUGUCACCGUCCAGUGUGGACACAGUUACUGCAGAGGCUGCAUAGAAGGCUGCUGGGACCUGGAGGAGGACAAGGGACAGUUCAGCUGUCCUCAGUGCAGGGAAAUAUUCCAGCCUCGACCUAUUCUGGGGAAAAACCACAUUCUGGCGGAGGUCGUGGAGAAGCUGAAGGGGACAUGCACCCAGCAGAACUCUUCCUGUGCCGGCCCAGAAGACGUCGCUUGUGAUUUCUGUAUCGGAGCCACGCGGAACAAGGCCUCCAUGUCCUGCCUAACGUGCUUGGCCUCAUACUGUGCCGCUCACCUCCAGCCUCACCAUAGAGUUUCUGUGUUAAAGACGCACAAGCUGGUCUCGGUUACAGUCCCACUACAUUUAAAGAUGUGUUUGCAGCACAACAAGCUGAUGGAGGUCUACUGUCGCACAGAUAGGAGGUGCAUCUGUUAUCUGUGCACUUUAGACUCCCACAAUAGACACUCUAACAUCUCAGCUGCAGCAGAAAGAGCUGCAGAGCAGGAGCAGCUGAUUUUGGAUCAACAGAGAGUCCAGGACAGACUCGAGGAGAGGGAAGAUGAGCUGGAUGAGCUGCUACAAGCUCUGAAGCGCUUCAAGAGUUGUAGCCAGACUGCAGUGGAGUCCAUUGAUGUGAUCAUAGAUGAGCUGAUCGCCUUCCUAGAAAAAAGACGCUACCUAGGAAAGCAGAUGAUUGAGGUUCGGGAGAAGGCCGCCAUCGCUCAGGCCGAGGAGUUGCAACUGCAACUGGAGGAGGAAAUAUCAAAGCUGAGGAAAAGAUACGCCGACCUGGAACAGCUUUCUAAAACCGAUGACCACAUUCAUUUCAUUCAGACUUUUCAGUCUCUCUCCACACCCUGUGAAUCUCCGGACCUGGUGCCUGGAGCGGUUGUUCGUCCUCGCCAUUCGAUGGAAACUGUAACUAAAAGUGUGUCCGAGCUGAAAAACAACAUAGAGGACCUCAUUAAAAUCACAUGGCCCAAAAUAUCUGCCACAGUGUGUGCUGUGGAUGUUGUUCUGCCGCCUGUGCCAAAGACCAGAGAAGAGUUCUUGCGCUACUGCUGUACCCCAACGCUGGACAACAACUCCGUUCACAGUUAUUUGUCCAUUUCAAAGGAAAACCGGCGGGUGACUUGUCGAGAUCAUGACAUGUGUUAUUCACAUCAUUCAGACAGGUUUCCAGGUGUGAAACAGGUGCUGUGUAGAGAGGGUCUGUCAGAGCGAUGUUACUGGGAGGUCACUUCAACCUGCCAAGCUUGGUCAGUAGCAGUGGCUUACAAAAGCAUCAACAGGGCAUCAGAGUUUGGAACGAAUCAGGAGUCGUGGAGUUUGGAGAGCUCAAAAGGUGUUUAUACUUUUAGACAUUACUACACAACCACAGCAGUAACAGGCCCUCCAUCCUCCAGAAUUGGAGUUUACCUGGAUUAUAAAGCAGGUAUUCUGUCUUUUUAUAGCGUCUCUGAUGAGACGAUGACUCUCCUCCACCAAGUACAGACCAGCUUCACUCAGCCUCUCUAUCCUGGCCUCGUUCUGAAGGAUGAUGGUUCAUACAGCCGUCGUUAUGCAGAGCUGGUUAAGUUAAGCUGAUGUCUUUCUUUGGAGUGAUGAGUUCUAGUUUUCUAUUACUACACUCUUAAUUAGCCCCUGCUUCAGGCUGAAGUAUAACUUUUUCUUUUUCUACAGAAUUGUUUUAAUCACUUGGCAUCAGCAGGAAAACAUGACCUUAUUUAUGGUUAAAUGCAAACUGUUCAGAGACAGCAAAAUUCAGCUUGUCUUUCUGUUAGAUGUCCCACUAUUGAAGGUAAACUUAGCUACUUUCUCUUUCAAAUCCACUUAGUUACUCUAUUGUUUAUGUAUAAUAUGUUUGUGAUAAAUAGUAAUGAUCAUAAACAUGCUGUAUGUGGAAAUGUUUUUGAUAAAUGUUCCUGAAUUUUAAGAGAAAUAAAUAAACUUUCAGCUUA